AUGUGUCAUGGUUCUGAAUAUGGGCCCCUCUUUCAGACCCCCUCAGUGAUAAAGGCCCAUAUGAUAAAGGAAAUGUUGAAUGAUGCGUCUCAUCCUGUGGCUACUGUGACACCUGCACCCCCCUCUAGUCCCCACACGGAAGAUUUCUUGGCAGCAAAUAUUCAGUCUCGAGGACAAAAGGGCUUCAUCCUUUCUUCAUUGGAUAACUAUGGUGAUAGUGCUAUGAACUUUGAACUGCCAUCACCGAACAAAUCUUGUCAACCAUGCUUCUCUGACCCAGAGCUGUCGGACUCAUCCUCUCUGUCGACCAGUGGUUCUGGGUCACCUGUGAGUAUCCAACUUGGACUUGAUAUAGCAGAUGAAACUUUGGACAGCGAUGGAGCUGUGGGCUCUGAUCAGGAUUACUAUGACAAUAUUGCACCACUUGAUAUAAGCGAAGACCCUUUAUUUCAGCAAUCAGACGCUAUCUUCAAAUGGCUAGAAGGCCAAAAGUCUCAACCUGAUGCCCUCAGUGAGCUAGAAACUCUUCCUUCUGCCUUUCAAGAGUUGCCUCCUAUCCGGAAUGCUUACAUCUGUGCAUUUAUCAUGUCUUCUUAUCAUGGUGCUACUCAUGCAGCAGUCAGCGAAUUUCUUCAGGGCCAAAGGGCACUUUUUCAAUGUGCACAAUUUGGCCAUCAGAUGUCAGUUCUUGUAUAA